UUCCUUAUCAAUGUUACACAAAAUAAGUGGAGGCUGCCAGGCUUUUUGUAAGGUGUAAAUUGUAAAUAAAUUAUGUACGUAACUAAAACAAUUGGGACUGUAGUUAGACCCUUUUUUUUAAUAGAGUGAUGAUGACGAGUUAAAUGAUAAGUACAGAACAUUUGAAUCCGCGAGAAUUUGAUUUGCACUCUCAGUGUUUAUGAUUAUUUUCCUCGCUUUCUUAUUUUUUAGCGUUGAUAAUGUGCAGCAGGUAUUUAGUCCAGUGAAAACGAAAGCCGGAGGAAAUGGUCACAAGCGGUCUCUGCUUGUGGGAGGAACGACAGGUUUUUAUACGAGAUUUCCUUUCUUUAAACUGCGUCGGCGGAUUAACGAAUUGAAGAAGAUUACAGCAUGUACACGCAGUCGGAAACGACCCUGGCCAAAAGCAGCGAGAAGACCAGCCCCAUCAGUGUCAUACUGGUGAGCUCUGGCAGUCGGGGCAAUAAACUCCUGUUCCGAUACCCCUUUCAAAAAGCCGCGGAGAGCAGAUCUUCUCAAACAAAUAAGCAGCGAAACCCAUAUGCUCUGAACACUGUGGCUGACCUCCCUGAAGACCAGGAUGGAGAUUCAAGAGAGCAAACUCCACUAACUGAUGAACAGUUGGUAGCAGGGUUUUCCGACAUCAUCCUGGCCACAAUCCUGGCCACCAAGUCCGACAUGUGCGGGAAGAAGUUUGAGCUGAAAAUUGACAACGUGCGCUUCGUGGGGCACCCCACUCUCCUCCAGCACACCCACACUCUCCAGGUGUCGAAAACGGACCCUUCGCCCAAGAGGGAGAUUCCCACUAUGAUUCUCUUCAAUGUCGUCUUUGCUCUGCGGGCCAACGCCGACCCCUCGGUGAUCAGCUGCAUGCACAACCUGUCGCGCCGCGUGGCCAUCGCACUGCAGCACGAGGAGCGGCGCUGCCAGUACCUCACCCGGGAGGCCAAGCUGAUGCUGGCCCUGCAGGACGAGGCCACCGCCAUGGCGGAGGCGGACGGAGGCCUGCAGUCCCCCUUCUGGCAGAUCCUGCCCAAAUGCAAGCUGGCCCAAGACUUAAAGGAGGCUUAUGACAGUCUCUGUACCACCGGAGCAGUUCGACUGCACAUCAACAACUGGCUGGAGGUGAGUUUCUGCCUGCCUCACAAGAUCCACAGAGUUGGGGGCAACCACAUUCCCCCCGAGGCCCUGGAGCGAAGUCUGAAGGCUAUCCGCCCCUACCAUGCGCUGCUGCUGCUGGACAGCGAGAGGGCCCUGCUGAGCCAGCUGCCCCUGGACUGCUCCCCCGCCCUGGUGCGCGUCAUCAAGACCUGCUCCGCGGUCAAGAACCUGCAGCAGCUGGCUCAGGACGCGGACCUGGCUCUGCUGCAGGUGUUUCAGCUUGCAGCACACCUGGUGUACUGGGGCAAGGCCAUCAUCAUCUACCCCCUGUGCGAGAACAACGUAUACAUGCUCUCCCCUCAUGCCAACAUUUGUCUCUACUCCCCGUUGGCUGAACACUUUGCACAGCAGUUUCCGGGCCACGACCUGCCCUCCAUGCUGGCCAAGUUUUCCCUGCCUGUGUCCCUGUCGGAGUUCCGGAACCCUCUGGACCCUCCGGUGGAGGAGGCUAACCUGAUCCAGAUGGUGAUCUGGAUGCUGCAGCAUCGUCUCCUGAUCCAGCUGCACACCUAUGUCUGCCUGCUGGUGCCCCCCAGCGAGGAGGAGCAGCGCCCGCGGGACGAGGAGCUGCCCCUGGCGGCCCGCGUGGGGGGGCGCAGUCUCAGCACCCCCAGCGCCCUGAGCUUCGGCUCCCCAACCAGCAGCGACGACAUGACCCUGACGAGCCCCAGCAUGGACAACUCCAGCGCCGAGCUGGCCCCGGGGGGGGACUCCCCCCUCAACAAGAGGAUGACGGAGACCCUGCUGGCCAGCCUGACGGAGCACGAGCGGCAGGUCAUCCUCAGCAUCCCGGCCGCCCAGAGCCCGGAAGACCUGCGCAUGUUCGCCAGGCUGCUGCAUUACUUCCGAGGGCGGCACCACCUGGAGGAGAUCAUGUACAACGAGAACAUGCGGCGCUCCCAGCUCAAGACCCUCUUCGACAAGUUCCGCAGCGUGCUGGUGGUCACCAACCACGAGGACCCCAUCAUCUCCCUGUUCCAGUCACCCCUGGACUGAGGUGGCCAUGACUCUGCCAGCCGGGGCCCCGAAUGUCAUGCCAGCAGCCUGCCCACAUCCCUGCCCUUUGCUGACCCCUGGCUGCCAAUGCUGGAGCCUGCUAGCGGCGCUGUGGCUGGAAGGGUGAUGAUACGGGGGACAUUGCUGACAUGCGCAGGGGAGAGGCAGUCCUACUUUCCUGGAGGGAUGUGGAAAUUGUGUCCUGCUGAGAUUUCUCAGGUCAACGAAUGUUUACCAACGCUACUGAACCUAAAUGACAGAGAUGUCUAGCGGACAGGCAGCCUCACAGUUAUAGCCAUCAGCUAGCACCAGAGUGAGAUGGGAUUGCACUGGGCUUGCUGUUCCACCCACAAAGGUGAAACUGAAGAGGAGAUCCUGCAGGCUUUGUCCUCGUCUCGCCAACAUCUAGAAAUCGAUACGUCACAAGGCCACAUGGCCUUGCUCUCUUCACAAAGGAGGGGCCUGUUCAUGGACAAUCAUCAUAGACUCUUGACAGACCACUGCUGGCACUUACUGAUCUUAAAAAAAGAUGGGCCAACUGUGGAAAUUAAAAUGAAGGACAUCAAUUUAUAUGUUCUGCACUGCUGUGAAUACAGUAACUAAACUGCUGCUUAACUUAGUUAAUAUACGUCAGGAUGAACCUGGUUGCUACAAAACCCUGUCGAUGAAAUUCACAUUACAGAUUAUCUGCAUUAACCCAACCUCCUACUGCAAUCAACAGCUACCAUUCUUAACAUUAACUCUGUAUGAGGUGAUGAUUUUAGGGACUUUUGAUCUGUACAGAAAACCAGUCUGAAAGACACCAGGUCCUUGCUUCACUUAACCAUGUCACCUUUAGGACAUUGUGCACAACACUGCCCUCCACCCUCUUUCUCUGUGGUGAGAUUAUUCCUUUUUCACCUAAGAAGAUCAAGGACACUGUAAUGCCCUCUGUAAUAAUGCCCUCGUUAAUACUGUUGAUGUAUGAAGUUUUGCAGUAUAGUGCUCAGCAGCCCUUUAGGGUGAAUAUGUGAUUUAAGAAUCGUGCUAUGAAGUGCUUCAGAUGUCCCACAGAAGUCACAGUGAGCGUGGACAAAGAAUAAGAAUAACUCGGUAAGCAUGUCAAACACACGAGAGGCUUCUGCACACUCCUGCUCUGGUACUUCAGGGCUGUGGGCACUGAGAGGCUCGGUGGCCUCACAUCUGUUACAAGACAGAAAUUUGUCUUGCAGCACAAAGAAUGCAAAGUCUCAUCGGAUGGAUUUCAGAAACUCGUAAAAUAGCUUUAACUAGAUUAACCAAACCCAGAACAAGCCGUAAUAAUGAAACUUGAGCAGAGAUUGAUUUGCGGAUGUGAGUUUCCAGGUACUUGUGUGUUACCGUUAGAAAACCAACCGUGUCCUGUUACAGUUACAGCUGGGAACAGCUGAUUGACUUCUGAUUAAUGAUGAUGUACUGUAGGUAGUAGGUGGUGUUAUUCUGAGAUUCAGCAGCCUUCUUUGAGAAACAGCAGGAAUUUAAUUUCAAAUUGUGUUGCAACACUGGAUGAUGCAUCUGCUGUUUACAGUAUUAAAACAAGUCUGUGACCAU